GUCAUGUUCCGCACAUCUCUACCUACCACAAUUGUUUUAUUUGCUGUGCUUUAACUUUACUACUCUGUGCUCUGUGGUCCGUGGUGCGAUGCAAAUGUUGCAAUUGCAAUGGAGGAAAAAAUAUUUCAAACUUUAGAGGCUAGAAAUGAAUUUAUCGAGCAUUUAGAAGAAGAUAUUAGAAAAAAUAAUCAAGUUUUAGAAGACACUAAAAAGGAACAUCGUGAAUUGCAAGAAACGGUUACAAAUUUAGAAUGUCUGGGAAAAUAUCCUGAACAAACGUCUUUUAUACCUCUAGGAAAAAAUAUUUAUAUGAAAGGGAAAAUUGUUCAUACAGGUGAGUGCUACGUAAAAAAGACUGCUUCUCCAGAAUCUUACAUUGUAUUAAAAUCCCUGGAACAAACAUUGAAUUCGCUGCAAGAUGAACUGAAAUUGAAAUAUAGGGAUAUUGAGAAAAUAGAGUACUCUAAUUACCAGCUGAAAGAAAGAAUGAAAUUACUUAAAGGAAAUGAAGAUGAAGAAAUUUCAGAGGUUGAACAAUUACCAAAGGAAAUUAAGUCUGACAAGGGAGUAGCUGUAAAAGUUGGUGAAUUUUACGAAAUUCUGGAAUUUGAGGAGGAAUAGAAGGUGAACAUACAUUGCAGGAGUAAUCUUAAAGAUGAAAAUAAUGGCUUUAAGUUACUAGUGUGUGAUAAAUAAAUCAUGCGAUUGUUGAAACGGUACGAAAAUGUUCUAAUAAGGAAAUGAGAAACAAAGCGAGUGAAAAUAUUAAAAACUAAUACACUGGGAAAUAAAAAGCUUAGACUUUCUUAUGUAAUUGUGACAUAAUUUUAUUUACAUUUUGUAUAUUCAAGAAUUCAAUUCCUUGUAUGUAAAUAAGACAUUAAUAAAGAUAACU